CAAAUCUUCAAAUUAUUUUCCAAAUUUUCAAAUUUUUUUUUUAAAAUUUCAAGUCAACAUUUUGUUAUAAAUGUUAAAGUAUAACUUUUUUGAAAAAUUCUGUAUUUUUCAAGACUGGAAAUUUAUGCAAAUGUAAAUUUUUUUUUUAAUUGAUUCUGGGCGAGGAAGGUCGACGUUUUCGGUAUCCUUGCAUUUUGAGAUAAACAAAGAUCGAGUUCAAUCAUUUUCUACUUGCGAUGACCUUGAAAAAACCGUGAAAUUAUUUUUCUAAUUUCCAGUAUUUCCGAUAAUUUUCCUAUUUUUUCCAAAUUUCAACUUUUUUAGAAAAUGUCAAAUUGUCAAGUUAAUCACUUUUUUGUUACGUAUUUUUCAAAUGUUGCUCUUUAGCGUUAUGCUACUUUUUUGCAAUUUUUUAAUUUCCGGAUACUAUUAAAAGAAUGAACUGACCUUGAGAAUCCGCGAAGGUCAUAAACAAGCUGAAUCUCAUUAAAUAACCACGAUGUUGCAAAUUCUUGACUAUAAUUUAUUUUAUUAAUUUUCAAAACUACAAUAAAAGUACUUGGAUUUUUGGAAUAUUUUAUAUUUGGCAAUAAAUCCAAAUUUACUUUAUUCCUAUUUACUUAAUUACGGAAUUUUCAAAAAUUUUAAAAAUAUCCAAAUCCUCAAAAUAUUUUCCAAAUUUCCGAAUUUUUCGUUUCAAAAUUUUCAAAUCCAGUAAUUUUUCCAAAUUUCACAAUUCAAUUUUUUAAAAAAAUUCGAUAUUCUACAUUUUCCAAGUUUAUGCAAAUGCAAAUUUUCAAGUUAAUCAUUAUUUGAUUCUGGGCGAGGAAGGUUGACGUUUUCGGAAUCCUUGUAUUUUGAGACAAACAAAGAUCGGGUUCAAUCAUUUUAUACUUGCGAUGACCUUAAAAAAAUCGUGAAAUUAUUUUUCAAAUUUCCAGUAUUUCCGAUAAUGAACAAUGAACUGACUUUGAAAAUCCUUCAAGGACAUAAACAAGCUCAAUUUCAAUCAUAGACAACUUGCAAGCUUUAGAAGGUCCAUUUCCGAGUCUAGGUUUUGAGAAAUUUUUUUGUUACGAAUUUUCCAUAUCAUUGUUAUAUAUCAUUUCGUUCAAGGGAGUUAUUUAAAAGAAGCUGAUUGAUGAUUUUUUCAUUCUUGAUGAUCUGUCGCCCCCUAAAAGUCCAACCUCACGUCUACGUCUCGUGGGGGGCAGGCAACGGUCUUUCGGUGCCCCGUCGGGGGCCCGAUCGCCGGCCGACGAGGCUCUGGCACCCCUAUAUCAGACUCUCCAUCCCCUAACUCUUUCCUGACCUCCCAGCAGGAUACACGCCUCCCUGAAGCGGCGUCGCGCCGAAGUGGUAGCGUCGAAAGAAGCCAGGUUCGGCACACCUGGGCCGCCGGUUAGUACAGGGGCCCACCCUUGACCAGCCAACGUAGGGGGCUGCCCUAUCAGCCGGCGCAUAAUCUCGGACGGGGCGGAUAGUGCCAGGUGGCGCCUGGAAAAGGGCCCUGACGCCUUGUCCGGGGGGCUUCGACUGCGGCCGUCGGACUUCGCCCUUCUGGGUCCAAGAGUCAGAUUUACGAUCGCCCUGGAAGCAGUGAAACAAAGAGGCUUCCUUGUUUUUUAUUAAAUUUUGUAUUGUACAAAGGUGUUGGAGCUCUGGGCGGGGAGAAACGGUUAGGGGGUGGUCUGUCUGAUCCGGAAGGUUGUUCUGAUACUCUACAUACUUAGAAAUAAGGGACCGUGUUUUCUUUAAUCCAAUAAAAAGAUACUCUUAAGAUCUGAACUGAUAUGAUUCUUUGAUGAUAGAAAAUGUAGCACUGACUCAUUACUGAAAGUAUGAAGUUUUAUCUGUGGAAUGCCCUUAAAGACGUUGGGGAAGGGUUUCCUAUUUUUUAAUAUGUAGAGUAUGAGAACAUUCUUUUUUACAUGGGAUUCUUCCAGGCAAGAUUAGUGAAUUGUAUCAUUACAUAAGCAAAAAAUACAUUAGUUACGGAAUAUGCUAAUACAGAAGGCAGUGUGAACACUUUAUAAGAUUUAUGCAAAAGUCAAAUUUUGUCUGCACCUUUUUUAUUACUGUGAAAUAACUCAUUGCACAAUUUUGAGUAUACCAGCAACAUGUUAGCUAUCUUGUUUGGAAUUAUCCCAUGAUAAUUUCAAAACGUGUAUUUUGUUUAUACACGAGUAUUAUCCAUAACAUCGAAACACAAGCACACGUCGACGUUAUAGAUAAGGGAAUAUCAUAUUUUUGCUAUCACCGAUUAAUAAGAAACGUAAUACAUGUAGUAUCACUUCACAAUACAUGCUGCUUAAAAAAAUGGCUUUCCUUAUCUGUCACACGGUUUAAACACAAACACAAAAAAACCCUGUGGAGGCCAGGGUGGAUUCUUCCGAAACAACCUCCGAAACAAAACAAACAUGGAAGAAACAAAUGAAAGAGAAAACGUAAACGUGCCAAAAACAGUCGCAGUGGAAGGAACGGAGGCCCCUACCUCCGAAGAGUCUCGCCCAACGGGCGAAAGCGUUAAUAAAAUCCCUGUUGAGGGAGAAGAUUCAACAUUGGAAAAGCCAGUGUUGGAACUUGGCGAAACUCAGUCGUUACAUCAAAAAGGUGAAGGAAAAGCGUCUGAGUUGAAUGAUAAAACUAAUGAAUCGGAUACUGUAAGCUUAACAAAGAUAGAUGAGAAGGUAGAAGAGGAACGUACUACGAAUGAUCCUGAAUCUGGAAAGUUUAGUCCUCAAAAUGAAGGUAAAAUUUCCGUAGAUGUGGUAAAGGAUCAGGAAAGUGAUAAUACAACUCCUUGUGAUACAGAUAGCCAGAAAGAUUCUACAGCUAUUGAUAGACCAAACCCUCCAGAAGAGUCUUUGAAGUCUAGCUCUGAAGGUCAGCCAGAGACUUCAGUAGCUGAAGCACAAGUUCAAGAUUCUUCAGCCAAAGAGAGCCAAAUAGAUUCGAUAGAUGUUGAUAGACCGAAUUCGUCAAAAGAAUCUUCAAAGCGUAGCUCUGAAAGUCAACCAGAAACUUCAAUAGCUGAAGAUUCUUCAGCCAAAGAUAGACAGAUAGAUUCUUUAGCUAAUGAUAGACCAAAUUAUUCAGAAGAAUCUUCAAAGUGUAGCUCAAGACAAGAAACUGCAGUAACUGAAGCAACAGUUCAAGUUUCUUCAGCCAAAGACAACCAGAUAGAUCCUAAAGUUGUUGAGGGGACUAAUUCUUCGGAAAAACCUUCAAAAUCUAGCCCAGAAAAUUCCGACGCUGAAGCAAAACAUCGAGAUUCUUUAGCCAAAAAUAGCCAGACAGAUUCUGUAGCUGUUGAUAGACGAAAUUCGUCAGAAGAAUCUCCACAAUCUAGCUCCGAAAAUCGACCAGGAACUUCAAAACUUGGAGAAUUAAAGUCGAAUUCUAAAUCCAAACGAAAACUUGACGACUCUGAAGAAACUCGUGAAGCAAAGGAAAUAAUGAUUGACACAGAAGAAGACAAAGAAUCUAAUCGUUUUGACUAUACAGAAUUUGAACAACGGGGCAGUAAGUUUGGUAUGAAAAAGUUGAAGGUGGUCUUAGAUCGCAAAAAACACAAAUCUGCCGAUAGAAUCGAAUCUUCAGCUGGGUGUUCACAACAACCUGGACCCAAAUCUAAAAAGACUAAACCAUUUAAUGACACACCUCAAAAACCAGGCCCUAAAUCAAGGAAAGCCAAACAUCAAGAUGUUAGCAGCACUCAGAUGAGGGAGACUGAACUUCAUGAAUCUACAGUACAUAGUUGCUCAGAAAAAAUAUAUCGAUAUCAAAAACCAGGACCAAAAUCAAAGAAAAUGGCAAACCGUCAAAAUACUGGCUGCAAACUACAGAAAGAAACUAAAUCUGUCACUGAAAUUGAAACUACUUUACCGAGUUGCUCAAAAAUAUCUCGUCUUCAGAAACCAGGACCCAAAUCAAAGAAGGAUCGACGUCAAUACGAUAAUAGUAAAAAAGUAAAGGACACUGAAUCUGAACAUACGAAAAUGAAAGAAUUGAAGGUAUGUUUGAAACGAUUUACCGAUAAAGCUCACCAGAAAACUGAGUCCACUUCACAGCUUAAGAAGGAACAAGGUCAAGAUAAAUCCGAAGUUUCCGCAGAAGGAGAAAAAAGGCUUGGAGACUCACCAGAGUCAAAUGAACAAAACAUUUCAUCAGAACAAGAAGAGUCUCGCAACAAAGAAGAAAGCACCGGAGCAAACGAAUCUAGCGAAGAAAAUACACCACCUAGCCAAAUAGAUGCUUUUAUGGUUGCUGCUUCUAUCGCUACGACUCCGAGUAAGCCAGGACAGAAACAGGAGAACAACGACGAAGAAAGUCUGUCCUGUAACCAGAAGAAUGAUUCCCAUAGGCAUGAAAACAACUCUGGGAUCAAACAAGAAGCUGAUGAAGAUGAAAAUGUAGACAGCAGACAUUCUGCGGCGCAUAAAACAGAGAAUAACCAAAUAGACUUAACUGGGCUAACAGUCGUUGAAGAAACAUCAGAAAAUGAUACGCAGGAGAAUGAAGAUAAAGGUAUCGAAACGACUGUGUCCAAAGACCUGGAAAGCUCUGCUAAACAUGAAUCGAGCAAAGCACUGGGUGAAUCGAAACAAGAGAAAGAUGAUAGUACUCCAGUGAACGAACUCAAGGUGGUCUUACAACGAAUGCAGUUUCAAGCUGAUGCUACAAACAAAACUACUAAGUCGUGUUCAGAAAACGAUGUUCCUCUCAUAGAAAAAAGAGCGCAGGUCGAAAGUACAGAGGCUAAAGAUGAAGAGAAACAGUCGGAAAGAUCAAAUGUAUCGUUGGAAGAAGUUGUAUUCAAUGAUAUUGAAUCCUUUAACGCCGCCUCUGACGAUAUGAAUGACAGUUCACGGGAUAAUUCGACGACUAACGCUUCGACCUCUGCCGACAAAGGAAAACUCACAGAGAGGAUUAAAGAUGGAGAGGAGGUUGCCAGUAGAGACACUGAUGCUGUGAUAGAUUGCACAGAGUACAGUGAUAUCGGUAGUGACGUAGAGCAAAUAUUGGACGAAGUUCCGCUGGAGUUUGAAUCAGUAUACGAAGAAGAAGACCUUGCCCCAGGAACAGAAAAUGAUUCAAACAGUGCCACAAAUUCAUCCAAGCUAGCGACUUACUACGAAAGCAUAUUGGGACCUAUCCCAGGCGAGGAACAAUCGAAGAGCCAAGCUACUACUCGUCAAAAAGCAGCCGAAGGUUCACCUAAGUCGAAGAAUCAGAGAAGGAAGGAAAGGAAACAGCAGUUCAAAGAGGAACUGGCCAAAAACGUCGCGGUUCAAGAAUCCACACCGGCGCCGGCUCCACAACCAAACAAGAGUCAAAGGGCCUCCAUGACAAGCCAGGCUCAAGUCACAUCCAGUCCGUAUACCAGAGGCCCAAAGAAGAGAGACGCUCUUAGAGCUGCUUUGAAAGCAGCCAAGGAAGCAGCGAUGUCUCUACCCAAAGCGCCUGCGUCCCAAAGAGCUCCAGAAGAAACUAAACAGCGAGCCAUGGAUGCGGCCAUGAAGGCUGCUCAGGUGGCCGUGCAAACGCAUGCUCCUAUUAUGCCCACGACUGCAGAUCUGGCUCAGUUGGGACUGCCGACGGGCUUUGGCCGGAAGCAGCAAGAUACUUCGAAGGCAUGGAAGUCCAAGGUGAAGUUCAAGCCGAACCAAGCUGAGAAAGAAAUUGUUUAUAAAGGCACUGUUUCCACGGCUCAGUUGGCAAGCAUGGGAUUACCAACGGCGGCUGGUUCAAGGUCCGAACAGUCAGCUGGACCUGCAUAUAAAAUUCCGCGCAAGGCAGCCGGUGGAGUCGCAGAAAAUGCUAUAGCAGGUUCUGUAUGGGCUAGCACGUAUGCGUCAGGACAACUUGCAUCGAUACCGACAUCAAAAGGCAACCCAGUGCCGAAUCCUAAAGAAAACCCAGGCUCUUCUCGGAGAGGGAUGGCACCGAGACAAGAUAGGCGAAGUCCAAAGAGAAGUCUUGAUUCAAAACAGAGGGAUAGAUCUCCACGACGACGAAGUCCUGCAUCGAGAAACGAAAAAGCCAAAUUGCCAGUUUGCGUGCAUGAAGUACGGGGAACUGCACCGAAAACACCCGUUGCGAAAGAUACAAGACGAAGUCCUGUCUCGAUAUCUGAUUCAAAGAGGGAUAAUCCAUCAAGAUCGUCUCGUUUAGAUUUAUUGGAUACCAGACAUAGUAGAAGUCCUUUCAGAAGAAGUUCGCCCAGACGAAGUCCACUCAGGAGAAGUUCCCCUAGGAGAAGUUCGCCCAGACGAAGUCCACUCCGGAGAAGUUCCCCUAGAAGAAGUUCGCCCAGACGAAGUUCCCCAAGACGAAGCCCUGCCAGACGCAGUUCCCCUAGACGAAGUUCCCCCAGAAGAAGUCCUACGAGAAGAAGUUCCCCCAGACGCAGUUCCCCCAGAAGAAGUCCUACGAGAAGAAGUUCCCCUAGACGAAGUUCCCCCAGAAGAAGUCCUACGAGAAGAAGUUCCCCCGGACGGAGUUCGCCCAGGCGUAGUCCUGUUAGACGAAUUUCUCCUUAUAGAAAAAGUCCUGCAUCCUCCAACAAGAUGGAUAGCGCACCAGGUUCUUCUAACCCGGCCGGGGAUAAACAUUUGUUGGAUACCAAACGAAUUGCUGCUUUACGAACAGAGCUGGAAAAAAAGAAAGCCUCUCUCAUAGAGUUGUCGAGGCCAAAUCCAAUUGGUAAGACAACAGCCUGCAAAGACCAAAUUAUGAAAACUGUUGAUCCGAACAACAGGGACCAGUCAGCUCUGGAACCAAGUGGUCCUCCAGCGGUGAAGGUUUCUGAUUUGCUGGGCAUGAUGGUAGGAACGAAGCAAAAUGCUGCAGAAAUAGCUGCAGCAUGGACUAAGUCGACGUCUUCAGUGAGUAGCUCUUCACUGCCAAAACCGAAAGAAGAUUUCUUGAAUCCUGACAGUUUUGAUAUCCCAGUUAUCAAGCCUCCAUCUACAUCCAAAAAGUCAGGAUACUCCCGGGCUCAUUCAGAAGUUCCCGUCAAGUCUCACCAAGCCUCACGGGACCAUGUUGAUCUUGAUAAAAAUCCUGAGUUAUACUUCACCGGUAGCGAUCGUUGGCAAAAACCUGACACGCUCGCCAAAUCCGACAUGCAUAGCGAGAUUAGGGAGCGUCCACAAAGUCUAGAGCUACCAGCAGAUAUAAAUGAUAUAGACUUUGGUUACUACAAGAUGCCUGAACCGUAUACGUUGCCUCAAACUGGCUACAGCCAGAUGAUGUAUAAAGAUCCACUAGAAAAACCGAACCAACUUGGUUCCACUGCCGCAGCACCAAAAUCGAUUUUGAAGUCAAGUAAGAGCGCGUUUCCGAUAAACAUGAAUAUAGACUAUAAUGCUGCUCAAAGAAGAGGAAUUGAGAAACAUCCUAUGCCCGUAGCAGCUACCUCACAAUCGUCGUCAAAACCGAACGUCCCAAGUAUACUCAAACCUGUUCAGGCCUCAAAAACCGUCUCGUCCUUACCGAGACCUAGCGGAAUCAUCCCAUUUGGCCAGAAGUCUAGUUCAAAUAUCCAGAGAGGACAUCCAGAAACGCAAAAGUCAAAUUCCCGAGACUCACAAGUCAUUGACCUUACGGAUCAAUCAAGUAAGACUGAGGAAUACAGUUCUGGAAGCCGAAGAGGUCCGCUUCGAGUACCCUCGCCACCUCCCCCUCCUCCAUUUAUUAUGCCUCCCUUCCAGAAGCAUCCUGGAAACCUACCUGCGAAGCAAUCUAGAUCCCCCGAAGACCGAUAUCAACGGCAUAAGUCGCCUGAUAGAUUUCAAUCUUCUGAAAGAUGGAGGGAUAUGCCACGUGGAUCUCCUGGCGGUUGGAGGAGGUCUCCACCUCCGCAGAGACCCAGUUCGCCUCCACGAAGACAGAGCUCGCCGCCACCGUCAGAGCUUCAGUCAAAGAAGCCUCGAUUAGAGUCUCAAAGUAGGCCUGCUGCAUCCAGGAAUGAUUCGGAUGAUCUACAGGUCGCUAUCUGCUCGAACAGACCCACAGGGGAGGUGCUGCCUCAGGAAGCCGCACGUAUCAAGUCCUACAUUGUCCAGGAAUCCGUCAAGGCCAUGCAGGGACCCACAGGAGGUCCUAGAGGUCCACCUCUUCGUUUUACCAACUCCAAACGGUGCGAUGAAGGUUGGUUUCUCAUCACACCUUUGGACUCCGUCGCCCAGAACUGGUUGCUGCGUAUCUUAGCUCCUCUCCGUAUAGGCAACUUAGUCUUCAAGCCCAUGAAGGCAGCUGACGCCCCAUGGCCUACCUUGGUGGAGAUGUUGGUGACAACCCCGCAGCUGGACGUCCAAAGGCUGCUCAUGAUGUUAGACCUGCAGAAUCCCACGUUAAGGAUGAAGGAUUGGAAGCAUCUGACCAGCAAAGGACGACCUGGCGGUUGGAUAGUCACCUUUAGCGUGGUCCAGGAGGUCGUCGAUGCCUUGGAGGAGUGCGAUUGGACGCUGUGGUAUGAGCUGGACAGCAUCAGGGUGCGGAGAGCAGCUCAACAAAAACCUAGAGGAGGAAGCUAGUGAAGACUUGGAGAGUUGCAAUACGGGUGGCCUGCAGGUACCUGCUGUAACGGAUCCUGCAUCAACCAUCAACAAGGACUGAUCCAUAAGAGAACAAAUUUUGGAUCAAGUACCUAAGCAGUAAAAAAUCGACGUGACCAGUAAGGAAACCACCCGCGCUGAAUCAGGACUCUUCCAAAACGGCUCCAGUCGCGGACACCAAAACCCAAAUUUGACACGUAAGUUUUGACAUUUUUAAUUAUUCAAACAUGGAAUACUUAAUAUAUAUUACGAAUAGAUGCACAAGUUGGAAGUGGAAUUUAGGUACAAGGCCAUCUGGCCAUAGGGAGAUCCAUGGAAGGAGGGACAUCAUGCUGGCUCACUUUGAAGGCUAGCAGAAACAACCGAUAAAAGGUUGAGCGGAAGUGGUGUCAAUGGUUAUUGAUAACGAUGACGAGAGUUUCGAAUUUAUUUGCAACACUCGCAUUUGGUGAAGACUUAAAGAACGGCAUUGCAGUGAGUUUUUUUGUUUGUUAAAAGUGAGGUGGUAUGCAUUGGUAUUGAGCUAUACUCGUGGUAGGUAGUAUUAUUUCUUGACUAGGUUCCUUGAAUACUUGCCGGUCGUAAGAGUUAUUGAAUGGUACCAGGACUUCUUCUUUUCUCGAUCUGGACGUUGGUGACUGUCAUUGUUGUUCGAAUCUUGUUUCCGGCUGAUCAAGUCAGUCACGAAGGGAACUUUUCAGAUUUGCGAGGCAGAAUAUCUUCAUUCUGAAGGACCUCGUUUGGACCAGGACUGCGAGAAAUAGAUGGAUGAUUGAAGCCAAAACAUUCACGAGAAACAUCGUUAUUUGAGCUGGAACUGUGAAUCAACAUAUUAAUGAGAUCAGCGGGAAGAAGAAACAGUAUUUAUUAAGAAGGUGAUCGUCCCUGGAAGCUCCAGUUGGAGAUUUGCCAAAGUGCACUACUGGAUUUGGAUUCAUGAACAGUACGGUAGGUGGGAACCUAUACCUUAAAUCACAUCUUUCCAGAUGUAGACCAGGACUUGUUCCCGAAGUCUGGAUAGUUGAUAAUUUAUAAUUGAUAAUUUACUAUCAUUAAUGCCUUGACGUUUCUUUGCAGAUAAGUAUGUCGGACGAAUUAACUACUAACUUUGCUGCUUUUGGAGAUCCAAUAAGAUAUACUGAAAUUACAUUGUAACCCUUCGGUUGAUCAAUAAACAUAUUUAACAAAAAAAAAAAAAUUGUAUAUUUGAAACCCAUUUUAUGCCUCUUUUUUGAAAGCGCUAUCAAAGUUGUCAAAGUAUCGCGGACCUUGUGAUCAUGCGAAUAGUAUUUAUAUAGUUCACGACAGCCUUAUAGUAUCUGAUUACGGUCGUAAAAGGUAAUAGAGCCCAGAAGGCGGCUUUUGUGGCUCAGAUGUACAAUUUAUACGUUUGAACCAGAUCCAGUGUAUAUGUUUUAGCAGAAACAUGUAAACAUACACUAUAAGUCUGCCGUGAACUAUAGCAUUCUAUUCUAUGUGUUACAGAUAAAGCCCUGCCAGCGAACAAAGUAUGCGGACUCUACAAUCUACCAGAAGAACUGAAAGAUGGAUUGUCGUAACAUUCUAAACUAUGUACGUAGGUUUAAGUCAACUGAAUGUGAUAUAAGUACGGUUUGUAGGCAGGGUAACACGAUUUGUUCACGUAUAUAAGGACUAAACAUGUAUUAAUUCGUUUUCAUUUAUGUAAUGAUUUCCUCUAUUUAAUCUUAGGUUCUUGUAUAAAUAGAUAUUGAGGGACUGAGGGAGAAAACACGAAUAUUUUGGUUCUCUGUAGCUACGUGUCAUAUGCGAGGAUGAAUUUUUGAAAGGUGGUAACUGGCUGUUGGAAUCAAACAUAGUUGAGGUCCUCUUGAAGCUGCUAGAUGAAGUGGUUCAUAUUUUGAUGGCAUCUUGGGUUGAACGAUUCAACUGUGUAAGAAAGCCAUGACUUUGCUUUUGGUCGUACACAGUUCUCUAAAAAACAGAUGUUUAACCAAAACCCUGUAGACUGUGUUAGGAGGGCUCAGUGCAAAUAUUGAGUCGCCUACUAGUCUACAAAUACGGAAAAGGUGCCUAACUGGAACUACAGGGCCGAGACAUGAAGCUUCACUGGGAAUUAAUCUUCAACAUUUGUCGUGUGAAAAAGACAGCUAAAUGUCGCCUUUUUUGGUUCAACUUGAAUUACAUAAUCACUAUAUUAUCUCGAAAAUCUUAUGAAACUUCGAUUUUCUCCUUCUACCUUCAAACUUACAUUAGUAUUUUUUUUUGUAUUUGAGUUUAAUAAAC